CCAAACUUGGCCACAAAACAGAUUUUAUAAAUCAUUUGAUGGCAUCUAUUAAGAACCCCGACCCAGAAACCGGCAAAUCUGAAACAAUUCCGGAGUCCGCUGUACCAGUACUACCACCACCACCACCGCCGUCCUCAGACGCCAGUUUCUUAGAUUGCCGGAAGAUAGAUGUGAUAACAAGAGUUCUGCUCUUCUCCGCCACUCUGACUGCUCUUAUAGUAAUGGUGACCAGCGACCAGACCGUGAUGACUCAGCUACCCGGAGCUCUAUCUCCAGUUCCUUUCUCCGCCAAGUUCAAUGACUCGCCCGCUUUCAUAUUCCUUGUGGUGGCACUUGUGGUGGCUAGUUUCUAUGCUUUAAUCUCAACACUGGUCUCCAUCUCUCUACUCUUGAGACCUCAGUUCACUGCACAGUUCUCCGUUUACAUAACCUCCUUAGACACGGUGAUGCUGGGGAUUUUGGCGUUAGCGACGGGAACGGCCGGGGGAGUUGCAUUGAAAGGAAAUGAAGACAGUGGGAGGAUUAAGAUCUGUAAUGUCUACGACAAAUUUUGUCGUUACUUUGAAACUUCGCUUGCCUUAUCUCUCUUUGCUUCUCUUCUGCUUCUAUUUUUAUCCAUUUUAUCAGCUCUUUCCAAGAGAAGUCCGUAAACAAAGCUCAAAUCCAUCUUGUAACGUGUGUGUGCAUGAGUGUCUGAUUUGGUUUGUUCGUUAUGUUUAAUUGAUAUGUAAUAAUGGAGUCGUCUCUUAUUGCUAGUGUCGUAGAAGUUGAUCAUUAAUUUGCUUA